AAAUAUUUGGAAGAAGCCUUGCUAUUUACUAGAUUACUUAUCUUAGAUACUUUAUCAGCACUUAAUGCUUCACAAAGAGAUAAAGCACUUAAAUUAUUUAUAUCUAGUCAUCAACUAGCUCCUAAAACAGACUUUGUUUUUGGAGGAGAAUUACAAGAAAUUAUAAAAAAAGGGAAUAGAGAAGCAAAAUUUUUUAAUGAUACUCUCUAUCAAUGA